GUGUUGUGGUUUACAGCGUGACUGCGCCCCGCCUUCAGUUCUCUGAGCCUCGCUCUCCUCGCCUGUAAAGGUGGGAUGAGAAUGAUGACCGCCUUCCGGGGGGCUGUGAAGAUGAAGUGAUAUAUUGCAGAAUGUUUCACAACCAACGGUGCAGAUUACAGGGGGACGCAGAACUGGACGGCACUCCAAGGCGGGAAGCCAUGUCUGUUCUGGAACGAGACUUUCCAGCAUCCAUACAACACUCUGAAUUACCCCAAUGGGGAGGGGGGCCUGGGCGAGCAUAACUAUUGCAGAAACCCAGACGGAGAUGUGAGCCCCUGGUGCUACGUGGCGGAGCAGGAGGACGGCGUCUACUGGAAGUACUGCGAGAUCCCUGCUUGCCAGAUGCCUGGAAACCUUGGCUGCUACAAGGAUCAUGGAAACCCACCUCCUCUAACUGGCGCCAGUAAAACAUCUAACAAACUUACCAUACAAACCUGCAUCAGUUUUUGUCGGAGUCAGAGGUUCAAGUUUGCUGGGAUGGAGUCAGGCUAUGCUUGCUUCUGUGGAAACAAUCCGGAUUACUGGAAGUAUGGGGAGGUAGCCAGUACUGAGUGCAACAGCGUCUGCUUCGGGGAUCAAACCCAGCUCUGUGGUGGCGAUGGCCGGAUCAUCCUCUUUGACACUCUCGUCGGCGCCUGCGGUGGGAAUUACUCGGCCAUGACUUCUGUAGUCUAUUCCCCUGACUUCCCUGACACCUACGCCACAGGGAGGGUCUGCUACUGGACCAUUCGGGUCCCGGGAGCCUCCCACAUCCACUUCAACUUCACCUUAUUUGACAUCAGGGAUUCCGCAGACAUGGUGGAGCUGCUGGACGGCUACACCCACCAAGUCCUGGUCCGUUUCAAUGGAAGGAACCGCCCACCUUUGUCCUUUAAUGUCUCCCUGGAUUUUGUCAUUCUGUAUUUCUUCUCUGAUCGCAUCAAUCAGGCCCAGGGAUUUGCUGUCUUAUACCAAGCUGUUAAGGAAGAACCACCACAGGAGAGGCCCACUGCCAACCAGACGUUGGCUGAGGUGAUCACGGAGCAGGCAAACCUCAGCAUCAGCGCUGCCCGGUCCUCCAAAGUCCUCUACGUCAUCACCACCAGCCCCAGCCACCCACCACAGACCGUCCCAGGUAGAUGGACAGUGUAUGGCCUGGCAACUCUCCUCAUCCUCACAGUCACAGCCAUUGUAGCAAAGAUCCUUCUGCACGUCACGUUCAGAUCACAUCGUGUUCCUGCUUCAGGGGACCUUAGGGAUUGUCGUCAACCAGGGACAUCAGGAGAAAUCUGGAGCAUUUUCUAUAAGCCUUCUACUUCCAUUUCCAUCUUUAAGAAGAAGCUCAAGGGUCAGAGUCAACAAGAUGACCGUAAUCCUCUUCCUCUGAUCUCUGUCACAACUACUCAACUCUGCCCGCACUGGUUGUUGGGGGCCAACCACUAGAACCCGUGCCCACCC